AUGACAGAACUAGACAAUUUACCCGUUUUAAACUCUUUCUUUGGUACAGAUUUGAAGUCCGGUUCAUUGAUAAUUGCAUCUGUUUGUAUUGUGCAUCCAAUGGCAUAUGGUUGUUCAUUAUUUAUGUCUAUCAGUUAUCUUCUCGUCACUAUUUGGAUACUGGUCGCUUUAUUUUUUGCUGCCAGUAUCUUAUUAUUCUGUGGCGUUCUUAAGGAUGAUGCUCUGCUAUGCUGUAUCUGGGUCUGGUACACAAUGAUUUUUGUGGUGGUGAUGUUAAUGAUGAUGAUUCUCCUUGCUCUAGUAUUUACAUCGAGGAAACAAAGAAACAGGGUGGUUAUCGCAAUAAUUGGCAUACUUUGGUAUCUAUUGACAAUAUACUUUAUUUUGAUCGUGAACAGCUAUCGCAAGAGUAUUGGAAUAAGUAAUAAAAAUCUAUAUAAAUGA